UCCAAGUAUGUAACCCUUUCCUGGGGCAGCAUUCCACCUGGUGACCCUAGCAAUUUUUAGCUACCAUAAUGGUCAUCACUCCUCCCAACCCCACAAACCCCAAAUCUUCAGUCACACAUAAACAAAUCACCCAAAGAUUCCCCUACCAUCAUCACCAGAAUUUAGGGGCUCUUCUUCCUCCUCCGGUCCUACCCCUCUCCCCCACCUUUUUCCCCACUAGCCCACACCCACAACCAACAAAAUUUCACUCCCCUCCACCACCACCUGACACCAGCCAACACCCCAAGCUCCUCCCCUUCCUUUACUCCUGCCUCACGGUCACAGUCUCACGCAACCCACACCUUUGACUUUGACUACCCCUCUUCCACCUCCCCCUCACUCCCCUACGCCACUCUAAACCCUGCGCUAAACCUUGGCAAGGGUAGGGGUAGGGUACGGUAGCCUCCGAUGGGGAACUGCGCCGCCUCCCGCCUCGCCGGCGGCGGUGGCGGCGGCGACGGAGGGGACCCCGUGGCCGUGUGCCGCGACCGGAAGCGCCUUAUCAAGGCGGCGGCCGAGCGCCGGUUCGCGCUGGCCGGCGCGCACGCCAACUACGCGGCAGCGCUGCGGUCCGUCGCCGACGCGCUCGACGUCUUCGUCGCGCGCCACACCGCGCCGGCGCCGAUCCUCAUCACGCUCCCCACCCCCAGCAACUCGCCCCCGGGUUCCCCCAAGGCGGCGCAGGUUCAGGUGCAGGAGCUUCCCUCUCCCGCCACGCCCCCGCCGCCGCCGCAGCAGGAGGAGGAGGCGCCGGCAUCCCCGGCCGCCGCCGAAGAUGGGGGCGGCGGCGCGCAGACGCCGGAAAUGGCGUGCCCGUACUACUUCCAGCCCCCAGUGACGCCGCCGCCGCCGCCUCCUGCGCCGUCUGCGGUCGGCGGGUGGGACUUCUUUAACCCGUUCUACGGUACGGAGGAGGUGGCUGCGGCCAUCAGCGACGAGGAGAUGCGUGCGGUGAGGGAGCGGGAGGGCAUCCCCGAGCUGGAGGAGGCGGAGGAGGAAGAGGAGGACGGAGCGAAGGCGGCGGAAGCCAAGGCCCCGAAGACAGAGGCGUCGCUUGGAGUCCCAACGCCCCAAGAAGAGGCUAAAGAUGUGUGCGAGAUGGAGGGGAACAACAGCGGGCUGGAGGUGGCCGUGGCGCCUCAGGGGCGCGAGCUGCUCGCGGCGCUCAAGGAGGUGGAGGAGCUCUUCGCGCGCGCCGCCGAGGCCGGAAAGGAGGUGUCCAGCAUGCUCGAAGCCGCCACGCGCGUCCCCGAGCUCAAAGAAAAUUCAUCAAAGAUAAUUCAUGCCAUCACAUGGCAUCGCUCUCCGUCAUCUGUAUCCUCAUCCUACAGGAGUGAGCUGGGAGCAAGCUCAAAUAGCUUGUCAUGGACGGACAAGAGUGAAACUAAGAGUGAUAUAUUCGAAGAUUAUGGUGGGAUGAAGUCAGGCAGUCACUCCCAGACUUUAGGGAGACUGUAUGCUUGGGAGAAGAAACUUUAUGAAGAAGUUAAGGCUAUAGAUCAAAUUCGACAAACCUAUGAGAAAAAAUGUGUUCAGCUGAGGAACCAAGAUGCCAAAGGUUCAGAGCUGCGUAGUGCUGAAAAAACUAGGACAACAGUUAGAGACUUGUAUACAAGAAUCUGGGUUUCUCUACGAGCAGCAGAAUCUAUAUCUGAUAGGAUACAAAAGUUACGGGAUGAGGAACUGCAGCCACAACUUGUUGAGCUGUUGCAAGGCUUCACAAAAUCUUGGAAAUUAAUGGUAGACUCACAUGAAACCCAGAGACAGAUAAUGUUUGAGGUGAAUUCAUUCACAUGUCCAGCUUAUGGCAAAUUCUGUAAUGACGCACAGCGUCAUGCAACUCUGAAGUUGGAGGUUGAACUGAGGAAUUGGAGAUCGUGCUUUGUAAGCUAUGUCAAUGCUCAGAAAGCAUAUAUGGAAGCUCUUGAUGGCUGGUUAUCGAAGUUUAUUCUUACUGAUACCAUCCGGUACUCCAGAGGGAUCUCAUCAAUUGCUCCUGAUAGAGCUGGUGCCCCAACUUUAGUUGUUAUUUGCCAUGACUGGUACAGUACACUGUCCAAGCUUCCAAACAAGCGGGUCUCCUUCACCAUGCGGAAUUUUCUCAGAAGUGUGAGAGUGCUAUGGCUGAAGCAAGGAGAAGAGCAGCAGCAGAAAAGAAAGGUGGACAGCCUGUCAAAAGAGCUGGACAAGAAGCUAACCGCCUACAAACGAGCAGAGAACAGGAUCAUUGGCACCAAGCUUCUGGAGCAUAAACCCGAGGUAGACGCGAAGCAGCGCAUGGAGCAGCUGUCAGAGAAGAAAGAGAUGCUCAACGUCUUGAGGAAGAGGAUUGAGAUGGAGAAAGCGAAGCAUCAAGCCUGCAUGCGGGACACACACGACGUCACUCUCAACGGGUUCAAGAUCGGCCUCGCCAGUAUUUUCGAAUCGCUGACUGAGUUCUCGAAGGAUCUGGUCAAGCUUUACGAAGGCCUCCUAGCACAAGCCAACGCCAAAGAUUCAGAGAAGGCUACUGCCGAGAAACGGCCCUGUGUUGAGGGGCCAUAUUCGCACAUAGCGGUGGAUGCUUCAUGAAUGUUAGUGAGCUCCAUUUUAGGACCUAGCCAGUUGCAUUGCCCCAGUUUUUGGGCCCCUAGAAUCUCUGUCUGAUUUUAGCUUGUAGAGUACCAUGUUGAUGUUGGUUGGUUGUGGGAGGUAGGGUCAUUCUUGUGGGCAACUUGUGCUUGUAAUUAUUCUUCGAGCUUGAUAUCAGUGGGGAUUCGCUCUA